GUCCUGAGGUGGGCGGGGCUCGGGUUCGCCAUGGAACAUCAGGAACAGGAAGAGCCAGUGGAAUACUUCAGGUAGCAGUUAGCUAGUCAUUUAACUUAAAGGCUACGAUGGGUCUGUUCGGAAGAACACAAGAGAAACCACCAAAAGACCUGAUAAAUGAAUGGUCGCUCAAAAUCAGAAAGGAAAUGCGAGUGAUUGACAGACAAAUUCGAGACAUUCAGAGGGAAGAGGAAAAAGUCAAAAGAUCCAUCAAAGAUGCCGGCAAGAAAGGCCAGAGAGAUGUGUGCAUCAUCCUCGCCAAAGAGUUGAUCCAGUCACGGCGGGCCGUCAGUAAACUCUAUGCCUCCAAAGCUCAAAUGAACUCCGUACUGCUCAGCAUGAAGAAUCAGCUUGCUGUGGUGCGUGUUGCUGGAGCCCUUCAGAAAAGCACGGAGGUUAUGAAAGCCAUGCAGAACCUCGUCAAGAUCCCGGAGAUCCAGGCCACCAUGAGGGACCUUUCAAAGGAGAUGAUGAAGGCUGGCAUUAUUGAGGAAAUGAUGGAAGACACGUUUGAAAGCAUGGAGGACGGGGAGGACAUGGAGGAGGCAGCAGAGGAGGAGGUGGACAAGAUCCUCUUUGACAUCACAGCCGGUGCCCUUGGAAAGGCGCCCAGCAAAGUCACAGAUGCCUUGCCAGAGAUGGAGGCCCAGGGGGCCACCGCCGCCUCGGAGGACGAGUCAGAGGAGGACAUUGAGGAGAUGCAGUCGAGGUUGGCCGCCUUGAGGAGCUAG